GGAAAUGUGUUGGCUUCUUUCUGAGAAGCGAGCAUUUGCACUAAGAGGAAGGUGUUACUUAUUUGGAAUAAGACACUUCUGUUUGGUUUAGUAAGAAACUUUUUUAUUUACUAGAUAAUUGACACGAUAAAAGAACAUUUGAAGAAUAUUAAAAAGUUAAUAAGAUUACAGAAGAAGAAAAUGUUUCUGCUAUGAAGCUAUCUGCUCAGUGAAGAACCUAGAAAUGGAUUUUCAAAGCAUUCCAUGUUACGCCGAAGUGAGCACUUGGGGUCCUGAAACGCUCAUAGAUUUUUUCAGAGCUCACAACUUAAAAGACUGUGAAAAGUCUGUCAAGAAAUAUGGGAUUACUGGAAAAAUAUUUUUGGAAAUGUCAGAAAAUGAUAUGCACAAAUUUCCGAAGUUAGCAGUGCCGAUUCUGAGUAAAUAUCAGCAGGAAAUUAACAGAAAAGAACAGAAGAGAGGAUUUUUCCCAAAAAGGAUAUCAACACAGAAAGGUCAACAGGAAACAGAAUAUAUUCCAGCAGAUGACCAAGAAGGAUGGUCUGACUCAUCAUUUGAGGAUGACUAUGUAAGCCCAGAUGAUGAUGAUGAUGAUGUAGGAGACUAUGAAGAACCUGAAGAAAAUGAUAAUGGAUUUGGAAAUGAUUAUGAACCGCCACCAUCCAAUAAUGAAGAAUUUCUUCCUGGAAUAUUUCCACCAAAGUCAAAUUUAGGGGGCUCACACUACGCAGAAAAAAGACCUGGAAAUCCUCCACAACCACCUUUGAGGCCUGAGAUUCCAAUAAUGCCUGCAAAUCGGAGUCACAAUCGCCCAGGAUUUCCACCACCAUCAUCAAACCAUGAAGAAAGAACUUCAGUUCCCAAGCCUGCAAGGCAUUCCCCACCAAGGGUGGACAGAACUAAAAAGCCAACUAUUGAAAUCUCUGGAGUGACAAACUAUACCAAGAGCUUUGCUGGUCCAGGGACGAAACCUUUACCUGUAAUGAAGGCAACCACGUUACCAAAUAGACCAUUUCCAGAAAUGCCAAUAAAACCUCCUGUACCGAGAGAACCAAUGAGCUCAGAGGUUGGAAGAAAAUCGCCAAAUCCAAGGUCAAUUGGUGCAAAAAGAGAGAAUGUUGAAGAUGAUGUUCGGCCAUUUUCUUCAAAUACCUUCCCGUUAACAUCCUCAAAGCCUUCUCCCAAGAAUGUAUUUCCGGGAUCUAGUACUAUGCCAGCUGCAGAAAGUUCAUCUCAGGUUGCAUUACACCUACCACCAUUCAAAGUAAAUAUGAACAGAUCAUUUCCAGAAGGGGUGUGCAAUGGCAGGCCACCAGCUCCUAUUCCUGUCAGCCCUGUGCCACAACAAGCAGCAACUGAAAAUGAGAAACAAUGGUACACUGGCAGUAUAUCAAGACCAGAUGCUGAGCGAGCACUCAGAUCAAUAAACCAGGAUGGAACAUUUUUGGUGCGAGACAGCUCAAAAGCAUCAUCUACACACCCAUAUGUGCUUAUGGUGUUGUACAAUGAUAAAGUCUAUAAUGUUCAGGUGCGCUAUGAUGAACAAAGGAGAAUAUACUACUUAGGUUCCGGACUCAGAGGGCAAGAGAGUUUUUCUUCAGUGUCCGAGAUUAUUGAAAACUUCCAAAAAACAUCUCUUCUUCUCAUUGAUGGCAAGGACCGGGGAUCUAGACAACAAUGCAUGCUAACAUUUUCUGCUGGGAAUUUAGAAUAAUACCAAAAACAAAUAAAUAAAGACAUAAAAAUUCAUUUCACAUCAUGCAAAGGACAAUGAUUUAAAAAUAAUAAAUGCAUUAAUUUAGUUUAAUUCUCAUCAGCCAUAAGAAGGAUUUUUUCCUUCACUGCAUUCAAGGUUGCCUUUCAAGGUAAAAAGAAUUAAACAAAAGCUUUAAACAUC